AUGGCUGAUCUGAGCCGGAGCUCAAAUUUAGAGGAGGACCCCUUACAUGCUUACUCAGGUCUGUCGUUGUUUCCUCGUACGCUGAAAUCCUUGUCGAAUCCUCUUCCUCCUCCCAAUUAUCAAUCAGACGAUCUGCAGCAGACUCACACUCUCCUUGAAUCUAUGCCUUUUGAAAUUCAACAAGAGCAUCAGGAGCAGGCAAAGGCUAUCUUAGGUGAAAGCUCAGAGCUUUUAAAGCAAGGCACUGGAACCAGUGUAGCAUCCGAAGAUGCGAAUAAAGGUGUGAAGAACAACAAACGAGAAAGAAGACNGGUCGCUCUUAUCUAUAUUAGAUAA